UGAGAUGUAAACAGCAGAUUAAUCGAUGGAGCACUUCAAAUUUUUGAAUAACACCCACCCAUUCAAUCAUCAUCGAUUCCUUCAAACCCCAAAUAUUAGAGGGAGAAACUUCAAGUUGCCGGCCGGUCUUUUGCUCAGGCGACGUUUCCACGUCUCCUCAUUUGCUGUUUAUUAGCAAAGAUGCCAGCCUCAGCAGUGUUUGCAAAUCACAAUGCAAAUACCGAGACUGAGCAUUUUGCUAGAGACGACAGCGAAUAUGAGAGACUGGUUGUAUCUGAUGAAGAGAAAUUAGUUGACGACGAUGAUGAUGAUGAGGAUGAUGAUGAUACCUUAGAAAGGAGUGAUUAUAACUCCUGGAAAUGGUGGAUCAAGGCUGUAACAUUGUCCUUUAUUACUAUUCUAGCAUCCCUCAUUUUCAUGAAAUGGGGAAUGCCAUUUAUUUUUGAGAAGGUUUUACUUCCAAUGAUGCAAUGGGAGGCGACUGCAUUUGGUCGUCCAGUCCUUGCUCUCAUACUGGUCACCUCUCUGGCAAUUUUCCCGGUGUUCUUCAUCCCAUCUGGUCCUUCCAUGUGGCUUGCCGGGAUGAUAUUUGGUUAUGGAGUUGGAUUUGUAAUAAUCAUGGUUGGAACCACUAUCGGAAUGGUUUUGCCAUAUAUGAUUGGUCUACUUUUUCGUGAUCGCAUCCAUCAAUGGCUGAAGAAUUGGCCACAGACAGCGGCAAUGAUUAGUUUAGCUGGGGAAGGGGACUGGUUCCAGCAGUUCAGAGUGGUUGCACUUUUUAGGAUUUCACCAUUUCCAUACACCAUCUUCAACUAUGCAAUAGUGGUUACGAGUAUGAUGUUCGGCCCCUAUUUAUGGGGAUCCAUUGCCGGGAUGAUUCCUGAAGCCUUCAUUUAUAUUUACAGUGGGAGGUUGAUAAGGACAUUUGCACAUAUGCAAUAUGGAAAUCAUCAAAUGAGUAUACCCGAAAUUGUAUACAAUGUUAUAUCCUUCAUCAUUGCAGCUGUUAUGACGGUAGGUUUUACAGUUUAUGGUAAGAAAGCUCUAAGGAAACUUGAAAGUGAAGAGAAGAGUGGAGACUACGAGUAUGGAAAUAUAGAACUCGAUAAACUUCCACUUGAGAGAACAAAGCAUCGUGACCAUGAUCACCGCUUGCAUUUGACGUAGAUUGCUUUUAUAGUUGGGUAACAAAAUUACGAUGAGAGAUUGUUUUGUUGUCCUGUUGUACAUAGAAACCGCAACUUUCGUCUUAUGUCAAGGUUU